AUGCGCGGCAAGGUUUCCCUCGAAGAGGCGUUUGAGAUUCCCCGUUUCGCCACUCAGACCAAGGAGAAGGCAGAGCUCUACAUUGCUCCUAACAACCGCGAGCGCUACUUUGAGGAGAUUCUCAACCCGUGCGGAAAUCGCCUGGAGCUCAGCAACAAGCACGGUAUUGGCUACACCAUCUACUCCAUCUACUCGCCGGGCCCCCAAGGCUGGACCGACCGCAAGGAGUGUGAGGCGUACGCGACCGAGUGCAAUGACUACAUUGCCAAGGAGAUUAAAGCCCACCCGGACCGCAUGGGCGCGUUCGCCGCUCUGAGCAUGCACGACCCCCACCAGGCCAGUGCCGAGCUCACUCGUUGUGUCAAGGAGUACGGCUUCCUUGGCGCGCUUGUCAACGACGCUCAGCACGCUGGCCCCGAGGGCGAAGAGUACAUCUUCUACGACCAGCCUGAGUGGGACAUCUUCUGGCAGACGUGUGUCGACCUGGACGUACCUUUCUAUCUCCACCCCGAGCCCCCCGUCGGCAGUUACCUUCAACAACAAUACGCCGGCCGCAAGUACCUCAUCGGUCCUCCCGUCUCGUUUGCCAACGGCGUGAGCCUUCACGUCCUCGGCAUGAUCGUCAACGGCGUGUUCGACCGAUUCCCAAAGCUCAAGGUCAUUCUUGGCCACCUCGGCGAGCACAUCCCUGGUGACUUUUGGCGCAUCGAUCACUGGUUCGAGCACUGUUCGCGUCCGCUCGCUGAGUCGCGCGGCGACUUGUUUGCCAAAGAGCGUCUUAUCCACUACUUCCGCAACAACAUCUGGCUCACGACAAGUGGCAAUUUCAGCACCGAGACCCUCAAGUUUUGCGUCGACCAUGUCGGUGCAGAGCGUGUCCUCUUCUCCGUCGACUCGCCCUACGAACACAUUGAUGUCGGCUGCGGGUGGUAUGAUGGUGACGCGGACAAGAUCACUGCUGCCGUUGGAGGCGAGGCGGCCUACAAGGCGAUUGGCAGGGAGAAUGCCAAGAAGCUCUUCAAGCUGGGCCAGUACUACGACUGUGAUGCGUGA